GGAAGGAGAGCCGAGACCGAAGGCGACCGGGCAAGAUGGCGGCGGCCAAGAGGAAGCGGCGUGGGGGCCUGGCGGUUCAGGCCAAGAGACCGAGAAAGAGCGAAGAAGAUUCCAAGCAGCCAGCCAAGCUGGGCGACGUGGCAGAAGAGGCGGAGGAAGAGGAGAGAGGCCGUAUCCCAGGCCCCGUGUGCAAGGGCAAGUGGAAAAAUAAGGAACGGAUUCUCAUCUUUUCUUCCAGAGGAAUAAAUUUCAGAACAAGACAUUUAAUGCAAGAUUUGAGAAUGUUGAUGCCUCAUUCUAAAGCAGAUACAAAAAUGGAUCGUAAAGACAAAUUGUUUGUCAUUAAUGAGGUUUGUGAAAUGAAAAACUGCAAUAAAUGUAUCUAUUUUGAAGCUAAGAAAAAGCAGGAUCUCUAUAUGUGGCUUUCAAAUUCACCUCAUGGACCAUCUGCUAAGUUCCUUGUUCAAAACAUUCAUACCCUAGCUGAGCUAAAGAUGACUGGAAACUGUUUGAAAGGUUCUCGGCCCCUUUUGUCAUUUGACCCAGCUUUUGAUGAAUUACCACAUUAUGCUUUGUUAAAAGAACUCUUAAUUCAGAUCUUUAGUACACCACGGUAUCAUCCCAAAAGCCAACCAUUUGUGGACCAUGUGUUUACUUUCACCAUUUUGGAUAAUAGGAUAUGGUUUCGGAACUUUCAGAUCAUUGAAGAAGAUGCUGCUCUUGUAGAAAUAGGACCUCGUUUUGUCUUAAAUCUCAUAAAGAUUUUCCAGGGAAGUUUUGGAGGACCAACUUUAUAUGAAAAUCCUCACUACCAGUCACCAAACAUGCAUCGGCGUAUCAUAAGAUCCAUCACAGCUGCAAAAUACAAAGAGAAACAACAAGUGAAAGAUGCACAGAAAAUGAAAAAGAAAGAACCAAAGACUAUUCUUCCACAUGAUCCCACUGCUGAUGUUUUUGUUAUACCAGCUGAUGAAAAGCCGAUAGAAAUACAGUGGGUAAAACCAGAGCCAAAAGUGGAUUUGAAAGCAAGAAAGAAAAGGAUUUACAAAAGGCAAAGAAAAAUGAAACAGAAGAUGAACAGUGGCAAUGCAAAAUGAAUCAGUGGAUAACUAACCUUUCAGUAAUUUUAUAUUUAUUUUGUAUUCAGUGUGUAAAUACGGUUUUAUUAUCCAGGACUACCUUACAUCUCAUUAGUGUGGCAUUUAAGACAGAAAAACCAAAUUAAACUUUGUGGCUUCA